AUGCAUCCGAAGCUGUGCCUUCCAAGAGCCUCAACGAGACGAUCCCUCAUCAACACCGUCUCAGCACAGCUCCUCCAAGCCUCAAGAACCGGCCCCUCAACAAGACGACUUCUUUCAACGACGGCGAUCCGUCUGUCGCAGCCGCAGAUCCGACCAAAGUCGAAGCUCUACGAAAGCGCCGAUGCCGCUGUGGCUGAUGUAAAAAGUGGAUCGACAAUUCUCAGUUCUGGAUUCGGCUUGUGUGGUAUUGCAGAAACCCUCAUCCAAGCAUUGCACCGUCGAGGCAGCAAAUCGCUGCAUUCGCUCACUGCCGUAUCCAACAAUGCCGGUCUUGAAGGCCGUGGCGGUCUCUCUAGCCUGACUGAAUCCGGACAGAUCAGCAACCUGAUUUUGUCGUAUACUGGAGGUAACAAGGUGCUCGAGAAAGGGUACCUUGAGGGCAAGUUGGCCGUUGAGCUGUGUCCUCAGGGAACGCUUGCAGAGCGCCUGAGAGCAGCUGGAGCAGGCAUUCCCGCGUUUUACACACCCACAGGAGCACACACCCUCCUUCAAGAUGGCGAGAUCCCCGUCCGCAAUAACCCCAAUGGCGGCGCCCCCCUGGAAAAGGGCCACCGACGAGAAACCCGCGACUUCGACGGCAAGAAGUACCUGAUGGAAACGGCCCUCUCCGGCGAUGUCGCCAUCGUCCGCGCUUGGAAAGCUGACACGACCGGCAACUGCGUCUUCCGCCGCACAACCCGCGCAUUCGGCCCGCUCAUGGCCAAGGCUGCAAAGCUCACCAUCGUUGAAGCCGAGAACAUUGUUCCUGUUGGUGAAAUCGACCCAGACGAUGUUCAUCUGCCUGGAAUCUUCGUGGACAGAGUCGUCAAGGCGACAGUCGAGAAGCAAGUUGAGACUCUCAAGCUAAGGGAGCCGGAGGGCGAAGCAGCAGCAGCCCCGGCAAAUGGCUCGGCGGAGCGCAAGAGACGCAUUGCGAAGAGAGCAUCCAAGGAGCUCAAGGAGGGAUACUAUGUCAACUUGGGCGUGGGCAUUCCCACCAUGGCAGCCAACUUUAUCCCCCAGGAGAGGACUGUGUGGCUGCAGAGCGAGAAUGGCCUGCUGGGCAUGGGACCGCAUCCGACGCUGGAUGAAGUUGAUGCUGAUCUUGUCAAUGCUGGCAAGCAGACCGUCACCUAUGUUGCUGGCGCUUCUACCUUUGACUCUUCCGAGUCCUUCGGUAUGAUCCGUGGCGGCCACGUGGAUGUUUCCAUCCUCGGUGCCCUCCAAGUCAGUGCCGCCGGCGACCUCGCCAACUUCAUGAUCCCCGGCAAGCUCUUCAAGGGCAUGGGCGGCGCAAUGGACCUCGUCGCCAACCCCGAAAAAACAAAGGUCAUUGUCGCAACGGAGCAUCUUUGCAAGGAUGGAUCUUCCAAGAUUGUGCAGCAGUGCAGCUUGCCACUGACUGGCGCGCGAUGCGUGAGCACCAUCAUUACAGACUUGUGCGUCUUCCAGGUAGACCGCGCGCAGGGCACCUUGAAGCUCACCGAGCUUGCCCCGGGCGUCACCGUCGACGAGGUGAGAAGCAAGACAGACGCGACCUUCACGGUAGCGGAUGAGAUUGCGAUUAUGGAGUAA